GCAUCCUCGAAAAUACCCGACUUAGUCUGCUUCACUAAUUGAACUAUUUCCCCGCGUCCGCUAUAAAACACGCUAUAACGCAGCUGAUCCAUACUCUUGAACUCCGCAUCAAAAUCCCCACUCCAGUCCCACCAUCAAGUCUUACUACGCAUUCCCGCCGCCACAAUGCCAACCCACACCCAUCUCGGCGCGGCAAUUACACUCCUAUCCCUCAUCCCCAGAAUCCACGGCGCAACCUUCGACGGCUCCCGCUACCUCUGGUACGAUACACCGGGUACACGCUUCAACGCAAGCCUUCCAAUCGGCAAUGGCCGUCUAGGCGGAACACUCUACUGCCUGCCCACGGAGAUAAUAACCUGGAACGAAGACUCGGUAUGGAGCGGGACGUUCCAGGACCGCGUGAACCCUAACGCACUCGAGUCCUUCCCCAAAGUCCGCGACCUGCUUGUUGAUGGCGAUAUCUCGGGCGCGGGGGAUCUGGCCCUGUCUGAUAUGACGGGGAGCUCGAUAGACCCGCGCGAGUACCAGGUUCUGUCGAAUCUGUAUGUUGAUAUGGGGCAGGGGGAGGAUGCAACAGAUCUUGUGCGCUAUCUGGAUACGAUUGAGGGCCAUACGGCUUGUGAGUAUCAGUAUGAUGGGGUGGGAUAUAAGCGCGAGCUCAUUGCCAGUGCCCCGUCGGGGGUCUUGGGUUUCAGGGUUCAGGCUGAUACUGAAGGGGCGCUUAACUUGAGUGCUGUUGAAGAUGGUGUCAAUUCUAUCCUCCUGAGUGCCAACACGGCAGAGACGGAUUAUUCUACUUUUACUGCAGGGGUGAGAGUCGUUGUCGACCAAGGGGAUGUCACCGCCGAUGAAACCACAUUGGUUGUAUCGGGCGCCACUACGGUGGACUUCUUUCUCGACGCGGAGUCCUCCUACCGGUAUGAGAGUAGAAGCGCCCAAGAGGCAGAAGUGAAUAGCAAGCUCGACGCUGCUGCUGAGCUAGGUUACGAGGCGCUGCGAGAAGAGGCCAUCGCUGACCAUAAAGGGCUUGCAGGUCGGGUUACACUCGACCUAGGGGCGUCUGUUGACGAUGCUGCUUCCUUGCCUAGCAACGAACGGAUGGAGAAUUACAAGUCGUCACCAGACGACGAUGUCGAGUUUGCCACACUCUUGUUCAACUACGGCAGACACUUGCUGAUUGCAUCCUCCCGUAAAACCGGCGAGCGGUCUCUGCCUCCUGGUCUGCAGGGCAUCUGGAACCAAGACUACGAACCAGCCUGGGGUGGGAAAUACACCGUCAAUAUCAACCUGGAGAUGAACUACUGGCCUGCGGAAACCACGUACCUGAACGAGCUGACCUCGCCGCUGUGGGAUCUUCUCGAGCUGGUGCAGGAACGCGGCCGCGACGUGGCAGAGAGAAUGUACGGCUGUCCUGGGUUUGUGCUGCACCAUAACACCGACCUCUGGGGCGACGCCGUGCCCGUCGACAAUGGAACAAGCUAUUCCAUCUGGCCGAUGGGAGGGGCAUGGCUUGCCCUCCACCUGAUGGAGCACUACCGAUUUACCGGCGACACGGACUUUCUUGAGAAUCAAGCGUAUCCGAUCUUGGAAGAUGCCUUUGCGUUCUUCGAGUGCUAUCUUUUCGAGCUGGAUGGAUACCUCACGACUGGACCUUCCUGCUCUCCAGAGAAUACAUUCGAAAUCCCUGACGACAUGACGAAUGCAGGAUCAAGCGAAGCACUGACCCUCAGCCCAACAAUGGACGACAGCAUUCUCUUCGAGCUACUCACAGCCCUAAACGAAACGCAUCAGGUCCUUGAAAUCGACAACGACUUCGCAGACACAGUCAAGGAGUCCCUGGGCAAGAUCAGACCUCCACAGAUUGGCUCGGAUGGCCAGAUCCUAGAAUGGAUCGAGGACUUCGUCGAGGAGGACCCUGCCCACCGCCACUUCUCCCCCUUGUUCGGUCUAUUCCCAGGAACACAGCUCACGCCUCUCACCUCGACAGAGCUAGCCGAUGCCGCAGGAGUUCUGUUAGACCGUCGCAUGGAUAGCGGCAGCGGUAGUACCGGCUGGUCGCGCGCCUGGUCCAUCGCCUUGUACGCCCGUCUUUACCGGGGUGACGACGCCUGGACCAAUGCGCAGACGUGGAUCCAAACAUUCCUUCUGCCGAACCUGUGGAACAGCGACAAGGGCGGCUCUAGUUCCUUUCAAAUCGAUGGGAAUUUUGGAUAUACAGCGGCAAUCCCGGAGUUGCUCCUACAGAGCCAUUCCGGGGUUGUGCAUAUCCUGCCGGCUCUACCUGCGGCGAUCCCAACGGGUUCUGUGACUGGGCUUGUUGCGCGAGGCGGGUUUGUGGUGGAUAUUAAGUGGGAGGACGGUGCGCUUUCUGAGGCGACUGUCCAGUCUCUGCUGGGUAAUGAGCUGACGCUGCUUGUUGGUGGGGAUGACUCGCUUUCUGUUGAUGGGACAGAGUAUUCGGGUCCAAUUGCGACGGACAAGGGGGGGAAUUACACCAUCACUGUCUAA